CCCAAGGGCUGUGGACUGCUGGCUUUCUGUUGAUACUUUAGAGAUGCAGCGGCUUUUGGCUCCAGCAAGGCGGGUCCUGCAACUGAAGAGAGUAAUGCAGGAAACGUCGCUUGCGCCUGCUCACCUGCUCCCAGCAGCCCAGCAGAGGUUUUCUACAAUCCCUCCUGCUCCCCUGGCCAAAACAGAUACAUGGCCAAAAGAUGUGGGCAUCCUUGCCCUGGAAGUCUACUUUCCAGCCCAAUAUGUGGACCAAACUGACCUGGAGAAGUUCAACAAUGUAGAAGCUGGGAAGUAUACAGUGGGCUUGGGCCAGACCCGUAUGGGCUUCUGUUCGGUCCAGGAGGACAUCAACUCCCUGUGCCUGACAGUGGUGCAGAGGCUGAUGGAACGCACAAAGCUGCCGUGGGAUGCUGUGGGCCGCCUGGAAGUGGGCACCGAAACCAUCAUUGACAAGUCCAAGGCUGUCAAAACAGUGCUCAUGGAACUCUUCCAGGAUUCAGGCAACACUGACAUUGAGGGCAUAGAUACCACCAACGCCUGCUAUGGUGGCACUGCCUCCCUCUUCAAUGCUGCCAACUGGAUGGAGUCCAGCUACUGGGAUGGUCGCUAUGCCCUGGUGGUCUGUGGUGAUAUUGCAGUCUACCCAAGUGGUAAUGCCCGCCCCACAGGUGGGGCUGGGGCUGUGGCAAUGCUGAUCGGGCCUCAGGCCCCUCUAGUCCUGGAACAAGGGCUGAGGGGAACCCACAUGGAGAACGCAUAUGACUUCUACAAACCAAACUUGGCCUCAGAGUAUCCACUGGUGGAUGGGAAGCUGUCUAUCCAGUGCUACCUGCGGGCCUUGGAUAGAUGCUAUGCAGCCUACCGCAAGAAGAUCCAGAAUCAGUGGAAGAAAGCUGGAAACAACCAGCCUUUCACCCUUGAUGAUGUGCAAUAUAUGAUCUUCCACACACCCUUUUGCAAGAUGGUCCAGAAAUCCCUGGCUCGGCUGAUGUUCAAUGACUUCCUGUCAUCCAGCAGUGACAAACAGAACAACUUAUACAAGGACCUAGAGGCCUUCAGGGGUCUAAAGCUGGAAGAAACCUACACCAACAAGGAUGUAGACAAGGCUCUUUUGAAGGCCUCCCUGGACAUGUUCAACAAGAAAACCAAGGCCUCCCUUUACCUCUCCACAAACAACGGAAACAUGUACACCUCAUCCCUCUAUGGGUGUCUGGCCUCACUUCUCUCCCACCACUCUGCCCAAGAAUUGGCUGGCUCUAGGAUUGGAGCCUUCUCCUACGGCUCAGGCUUAGCAGCAAGCUUCUUUUCAUUCCGAGUGGCCAAGGAUGCUUCUCCAGGUUCCCCUCUGGAGAAGCUGGUGUCUAGUGUGUCAGAUCUGCCCAAACGUCUAGACUCCCGGAGACGCAUGUCCCCUGAGGAAUUCACAGAAAUAAUGAAUCAGAGAGAGCAAUUUUACCACAAGGUGAACUUCUCUCCACCUGGUGACACAAGAAACCUCUUCCCAGGUACUUGGUACCUUGAACGCGUGGAUGAGAUGCAUCGCAGGAAGUAUGCCCGGUGUCCCGUCUAACGGGGAUCCAUGCAACAAUUCCCUGGGGAAAGAAUGUGAGCAGAGCUGUUACCCAAACAACAUCUGCUUAAAAUUCCACCCCUAGCCCUGUAGGAUCUGCUCUUUGGUGAAGGGCCUCCCUCUGUGAAUCCAGGUCCGCUCUGGCUCUCCAAGACUCGCAAUCAGCAUUUCAGGCUCACGCUGCUGUGGACCAGAGCUCCCCUGUGAAGAGGGAGAUGAAAGAAAGGGGAGUGGCCAAACUGCAGGGAUACUGCUCUUUCCCCACAGCCUGGCAGACCAGCCAUUUGUUACAGCUUAUUAUCAGACUCUGGGCUAUUAUAGUUUAUGCUUUUUUUCAUAAAGUUUCCUGAGAAUUUCUAAAUUUUGUAUCUUGUUCUAAAAUACCAUAUGGCAAUUAAAAUGAGAGAAGAAAUGACUUGUAUUUUCUAGAAAGCAAGACCUACUCAGAGGGCUGGGCACUCACCUCACCAGCCGGUCCCUUCUCUUCAGGUUAAUUCUCCACAGUUCUAGUCAGUUCUGCCAAGGACUGUGCAAAUAAAGACAGUGGCACAGAGUA